ACGCCAAGGCCACUUGCUAACCGAGCGUCAAAUUGAUGUCGCGAACUUUUCAACCGCCGGCCACGCUCGUCUUUCUCUACCCCAUCCGCAUCCUUACGAGGUAUGAUAUGACUAUUCCAUUGAGUGCCCUUCAGAGAGCCAGGGGAAGCAAUCGCGCCCGUCCGAAAGGAUAGGCCUGACACUGCUCCCCUCUGCGACAAGAGCUGAAGAACCCUCCAAAGCUGCUGGCUGAGGGCACUCUCCAUGCUCUGGCAUCUGGAGGCUAACCACAAUUUCUGCACAGAUACCUCAGUCGCCCCUCGCCAUUGAGAAUCUUCGAUAAACCGCCAAAAUGGUCAAGACCUCCGUCCUCAACGAUGCGCUCAACGCCAUCAACAACGCCGAGAAGGCCGGCAAGCGCCAGGUCAUGAUCCGCCCUGCCUCCAAGGUCAUCGUCAAGUUCUUGACCGUCAUGCAGCGUCACGGCUACAUCGGCGAGUUCGAGGAGGUCGAUGACCACCGCAAUGGCAAGAUCGUCAUCCAGCUCAACGGCCGCAUCAACAAGACUGGUGUCAUCUCCCCCCGUUACAACGUCCAGCUCCGUGACUUGGAGAAGUGGGUUGUCAAGCUCCUUCCUUCUCGUCAAUUCGGUUACAUCAUCCUGACUACCUCCGCCGGUAUCAUGGACCACGAGGAGGCUCGCCGCAAGCACGUUGCUGGCAAGAUCCUCGGCUUCUUCUACUAGACUAGUUUUGGUGUGCGCGAUGUUGAGGGAUGCAUAUACCCGGGCUUAGCUACGCAUGAGAACUGUUUGGCUAGGAAUCCAUCACGGCCAUGCUAAACGACGAAAUGACCAAAAGUUCAUGUUAGUCGAAAGACGCUGCCAAUCGGGCGAUUGUGAUGUUGUUCUUUACUUGACUGAAGUGGUGAAAUAAUUUCCGUGUUCUC